CUUCCAGGUCAUUCUCCGUAGUUUGAAGUCAGAGAUACAGUUUAUGGUCAGUGCAGAAUGGCGGCUCGUCUUCUCCUCCGCUCUUGUAGAACAACUUUGAGCUUAAUGAGGUCCAGUGUAACGGCCAGACCGAUUCAACGGGCUGCGAGCACCAAAGGAAUGCCGACGGAUGAGGAACAGUCCACUGGAAUUGAGCGACACAAUCUGGAGGCCAUGAAGCAGGGGAAGGACCCCUACAGUAUAAUGAAGCCUGUGCCGUGUGCAGGAACCAAGGAAGACCCUCACAUUGUCCCCUCAGCUUACCACAAGAGGCUGGUGGGCUGCAUCUGUGAGGAGGACAACGCUACCAUCGUGUGGUUCUGGAUCCACGAGGGAGAAGCUCAGCGCUGUCCUUCCUGUGGGUCCCACUACAAGCUGGUCCAUCACGAGCUGCCUCACUGAGGAGACAUGAGCAGCACCGUCACAUACCUGCUUUAACGUGUGCACAUGUACAAUUUGCUGUCAAUAAAAUAUGAACCUCA